AACAAUAUAAUUAAUAUGUACGAGAAAACUUUAACAAUAGGAACUGCAAAAGUUAAUAAUGCAUAUGAAUGGCAAAAAGUGAGCUGUAACAAAAAUCAACAGCAACAAAAACUGAAGCAAAAACCAAAUAUAAACAAAAGCAUAAAUACAACAAAACCAACAAAAACAACAAACGCAACAAAACCCACAACACCGGCAUCAAGUGUAACGGUCUCUACAACUCCGCCGGCAUCCGCCAAAUUGAGAUUUAAAUUCUCUGGAUACGCGUCCCGCCGCCAAACAUUGGCCCAUCAAAUAAAGCGAGCUCAUCGUCAUUUACUAACUGGCAAUGACAAGCUACCCACUUUACAACAACAAACAAAGCCAACAACAACAAACAAGUCCAGAAAACAGCAGCACACAAAACAUUUGUUGAAAAAUAGUGAUAAGCAACAAAAACACAAGACUAAAAACAGUCACCACCGACCACAUAAGGCAAAUCGCAACUGUUCCCGUCCCUGCGUCACUGGCAGCUCAGAUCAAGAUCCCCAAUCGGGCUUGUCAUCACGUUGGAGCUCUAUCGAAUGCUCCAUAAAUGUGCUGGAAGAUCUUCUCUACUAUUGCGAUGAGGAGGCCGAAUUGUACGUAGCUCAACUUUACGAAAGAUACCAGCAAUUGACCUGCAGCGAAUACGAGUCGGGAUCAGAGGAGCAGGAACAGGACGAGGAGUUUUGGAGUGAUUGCGACGUGGAGGUGGAGGACAACAUGUCGCAUCAAAGUUUGGAUGAUGAUGCUGUUUCCAGCAGCAGUGGAGCUGGCACUAAUAGCACAAACAGUGCUUCCUCUCCACUGGUGCCCAGCUCUUUGAGGCGUCGUGGUCAUCAGCACCAUCCUCGCUUUUCGGGCACAAGGAAACCGCAAGUGCCCAAUGUUCAAGAGAUACUGGCUGCUCUGUAUCGUGGUGAUUCCAAGGGUGUUCUUUCGAAUUUGCGUGGCGAGACGUCAUCGUCGUCGCCGCCGCCACCGUCAACAGAUCAUGCCACUGAAUCCUUGCCAGCACCCGAUUCAAUAUUAGUUAGCCGUAGUACUUUGAGUCUUCCAUUGAGCGAUUCUGUGACCAAUUCCUUGGGCAGUAACAGCCCCACACCCACGGACGAGAGUAGUGUACAAGAUGAGAGCACUGCUACGCCCACAACAGCAACCACAACAACAAAGCCUCUAGUCGAAAAGACCACAAAGAAGAAGAAACGAGAGAAAGGUGAUAAAACAGACAAGGACAAGGAAAAGGGUGAGAAAUCUGAAAAGAAAAAGAAAUCCAGCUCAAAGCGAGACCGGAAUAACAAACGUCCAAAUGGAGCAAACAUCAUGGAGGCCAGUAGCGAUAGUUUGGCCACCGAUGGCGGUGGUGCAGCAAUUGAUGAGGGCAUUGCCUUAACUGAAGAUGAUGAUACUCAGGCUGCCGAGUGGUCCAAAUUACGUUGCACUAGCGAGUCGGCCGAAGUUGUGGCCGAGCGUGAAGCAAGACGGAACAAAGGACGGUGUGCUGAUUAUCCUGGCCUAGCUUUUGGACGUUCCAUAUUCAGCUCGGAUACCAUGAUGAAGUUCAACAUAAUACGAAAUGAACUUCACAACAUUAUGAACACACAACUGAAGCGGGCUGAAUCUGAGGUCGCUGCCUUGAACCGUCGCAUUCAAUUGCUCGAAGAAGACUUGGAACGUUCUGAGGAGCGUUUGGGUUCCGCCACAGCCAAGCUGUCGGAAGCUUCUCAAGCCGCCGAUGAGAGCGAACGGAUACGAAAAGCUCUUGAAAAUCGCACAAAUAUGGAAGAUGACAAAGUAGCUCUAUUGGAGAAUCAAUUAGCGCAAGCAAAAUUAAUUGCAGAAGAAGCCGAUAAGAAAUAUGAAGAGGUUGCCAGAAAACUAGUACUCAUGGAACAGGAUCUGGAACGUUCCGAGGAAAAAGUUGAGCUCAGCGAAAGCAAAAUCGUGGAGCUUGAGGAAGAACUCCGUGUUGUUGGUAACAACUUGAAGUCCCUGGAAGUGUCUGAGGAAAAGGCCAACCAACGUGAGGAAGAGUACAAGAACCAAAUCAAGACCCUCAACACUCGUCUAAAGGAGGCUGAGGCACGCGCUGAAUUCGCUGAACGUUCCGUUCAGAAAUUGCAGAAGGAAGUGGACAGGCUCGAAGACGAACUGAUCAACGAGAAAGAACGUUAUGCCCUCGUUGAGGAUAGUUUGGACUUUACCUUUGUUGAUUUGAUGGGCAUAGAACCCUUCUAUAAUGAUCGCAAUCCCAAGCCACCAACACCGGAGCCAACUGAAGAGGAUCUUGCUAGAAUAGCAGCUGCUGAGGCCGCCAAGGCUGCAGCCCAAGCGGCAGCGGAAGAAGCUGCCUUGUCCGGGGGCGAUGUUGGCGCAGAUGGUGUAGAAGGUGCAGCCCCCGUAGCGAAUGGCGAAGCGGUUGCACCUGCCGAAGAGGUUGUACCUGCUGAACCCGUUAAAGAGCCAACACCACCGCCGCCACCACCAUUUGAGUAUGCUAUCGAUUUGCCACCAGAGGGCGCUGAAGUGCCGUAUGUGAAGAAUUGUGAAGCGGGCGAUGUACUAGCAUCAUUGCCAACUGUGCCUGAGGGUGAAGAGCCGCCACCAGAGGGGGCUCCAGCUGCUCCAACUGAAGGUGUAGAAGCAGUUGCUGCGGCUCCCACAGCUGAAACUCCUGCCGAUGCUGCAGUACCUCCAACCGGAGAGGCUCCUCCGGCUGAAGCAGCUGCUGCUGCUCCACCACCAAACGCAGAAGAGGCGGCUCCUCCAACCGCAGAGGCUGCCCCUCAAGCCUAAAAUUUGAACUUCAUUUUGUGGCCGUCGAUCUUUCUCUCCAUGUGUUUCGCCCCGACUCCACUCUCCUAACUAACAUUUGUUCGUUCCCCUCAAAAUAAAUGCCCUGCUCCGGCUUUAUCUUUUUAAACUUUAGUUUCACAUUUUUAGUAUGAUUUUUUCGUUUCUUUCACA